AUUAUGAAUUCAAGUACGUGUAGUGGUGAUUGAAAUUUUUGUAAAUUGUAACUUCGCGCGUUUCGGUGGUGCUCUUCGCUGUGCCACGUACCGGGAGUCAACGCCUCUACAGAUAAUAUAACGAACUAAUGAAUCUAAAAAAAAGUUGUUCUCGAACGUGAUCCCGCAGUUGUGGUGGUGGUGCGACUCUCCGCCUUUAUCUCGCAGUUGGCAGUAGUCGCAGUGUGUCUCGCAGUCGUAAACUCUCUCCUGUCGCCGUUCUUUCUUGCAUAUGUGAUUUUUUUUUGUUCCCCCAUUGACCACAUCGGUGGUACAUGACCGAUUAUGAAAAUAUAUUUGUUUAACGGUUAAAAUAAUAUUGUAAUAUCGACUGUCAUUUGUAUUGUUAAAUGUUGAAUGCAAAUGUGUUCCGCAUCGCGUAUAAGGACGUGUGUAACAACUUACGGGCUAUGAACUUCGAAAUCCCAUGCUCUUACGGCUAAAUCCAUCUUUGAUGUUUUUCAACCAAGUAUGGGCAUCAACAUGGAUAUUCGAAACGAGCCAAAAUUUUCAUUCUUGGAUCUGUACGGCUUGGAUGAGGCGGGUAAGAACGAGAUCGCUGAAAUUCUCAGAUUAGAUUCAAGCGUGCCGAGUCUCAAGCUACCAUGGGCUAUCGGAGAGAAGGAGUACGAAAUAAACAACGAGAUUAUGGAGAAUCCAGCUGAGGAUGCAACCAAUCAGUGGCCGCCGUACGGAAUAACGUCCUAUGAGAUUUACCCAAGGAUGACGCCCCAUGCCUAUCCCCAGAUGAUUGGGUAUGCAAUGAGCGACUAUCAAGUAGUGGGAAAUCCUUACGGGAACAAUGCUGCGGGUGACCCAAAUGCAUAUUCGUUUGUGCAAAGAGUGCCAUACGGAACACCAGCAGGGAUGUACUCACCGAAUCAAGCGGAUCUCAUGAAUCAAGGGCCGCCGAGUCGUGAAAGCGAUAGACGGGGUCCGAGAAAUCGUGGUGGAAAACGUGGCGAUACGUACAGUCGUCAGAUGAACACAAACAAUGAGAUGCAGCCGAGCUACAUGGUCCCGAGUCAACCUCAAUACAGUCAAAUGAUGCCAAUAUGUCACCCUUCCGGUCCUAUGUUUCCAGUCCCAGCUGCAUCUCAUCCGGCGGCUGGAACCCGCAUUUUCAUUCAGCAAAAUCCACCAUCAAACUAUUCUCAAGGUCCACCCAUGCAUCACAACAGCCAUGCAUCUUACGCUCAUCACCAGUCCUCGUACCCCUCUCAUUCGCACUCCUCGAACAGCGCGAAACACGUGCGCAAUUCGACUGGUCAAACGACUUAUUACAAUCCGGAAAGCCCAAAAAUUCUUCACAAACAGCAUCACGAAAAAAGAGGCAACCAGCAACAUGAUAUACCCCCACCACCGUUUCGUCAUUCUUCCGUCACCAAUAACAACAACAGUGAAGCAGAGCCACUCAAAAGAAAUUAUGGCAAGACUUUCGUUGUCAACAACAGUAAUGCCAACAUUGAUACCAUCAACAAUUCGGUUAAAGUAUCAGCUCAAAAACUAGACAUAAAAAAAAUCACGAUCAGCGAUCCAAAGACUGAAAUCACCGAAGCUCUCGCUGUCAAACCCGAUGAUAAUGAAAACAAAAGAGAAAAAAAGGAAGCUCUUUCUACGACCGCUUCAAACAUUCAUACCAACGUCAUUUCACCGACCGUCAAAGACAAGCCAGUUGUUCAGGAAAAAGAAGUCUCAAUGGCGCGCGAGGAAAAAGCUGUUCCUGUCAAAGCGCCUUCCGUUGAAGUUUCAACUAAAGUCAACAAAAUUAUUGAAAAUUUACCCGAACCCAAUCAAGCUAUCGCUUCUAUGACGAAAAACGUUCCAGAACCCGUGACCAAAAGUGUAGACAACGUUGCUGUCACUACUGCUGCUCCUACCACUCCAUUAGCCAGCAGCAUUUCCACUGCUCAAAAAUAUUUGAGUGCUCCUACCCAAACGUUUGCAAGUGUUUUAAGAAAACCUGGAACAACAACGGGGGACAUGAAAUCACCAACACCCAUCACAAAACUACCUAUUGCUGGUGUACAUCCCAUGAAUUUUCCUCCUCCUUCCGCUGAAGCCGUGACCACUAAAAUUUCAACUCCAGAACCCCUUCCGAAAAGUAACGAUAAUGGGGCGUCCAUCACGAAUCGCAACAAUGUCGAGCCUGCUACCAAAGUCGCAGAGCCUUCGGCGUGGGCGGAUAACAAAACUGCAAAUGAAACUCCACAGAACAGCUUGAACGAUCCUGCCGUUUUCAGGAUGGGCGAGCUUUUGCUGAAGUACCAAAUGGAUAAACAAACAGUCAGUCUUUUACCUCGAGGGCUCACGAAUCGCAGCAAUUACUGCUACAUCAAUAGUAUCUUGCAAGCUUUGCUCGCAUGUCCGCCCUUUUACAACCUCCUUAUGGCACUGCCACAUCCGAGAGGCACAAUGAAAAAUUCAUCAACUCCCCUGAUCGAUAAUAUGGUUCGAUUCGUUCACGAAUUCAAUCCUCUAUCAGAUAGUGCUCGCAUGCCACGUAAAGACAAAAGUCAAAAGCGUGGCGAUGAAUCUGCGAAUGAUGUUCAAUGCGGUAUCGCCUUUGAGCCUUCUUAUGUAUAUACAAUGUUGAAAAAUACAUCCUGUGCUGGUGGAUUCUCUGUCGAAGGACGACAAGAGGACGCCGAAGAGUUUCUCUCCUGUCUGUUGAACGGUAUCAGCGACGAAAUGCUCGAGCUUAUGAAAUUAGUGAAUACGGAGUCAAAUGAUAACACGUCCAAUUCCGCAGAGUCCAAUGUAAAUUUUAGCAAUACUGAGGAAGAAUGGAAGGUAAUGGGCCCAAAGAACAAAGGAUCUAUAACACGGUGCACUGAAUUCGCUCGCACACCAUUGUCCGAUAUUUUCCGAGGUCAAUUGAGGUCGAGGGUGUUACGCACAGGCGACGAAACCACCGAUAAUGUCCAACCGUUUUUCACGCUGCAACUGGACAUCGAGAAAGCGGAGUCUGUAGAAGCGGCACUGGAGAUACUGGUCGGCAAGGAUCAAGUCGAGGGCAUGACUUGCAGUAAAACGAAACAGCAAAUUGAAGCGUGGAAACAAGUACUGCUCGAAGAGCUCCCGAUUAUUUUAAUUCUGCAUUUGAAGUGGUUCGACUAUAAGUUGGAUGGAUGUUCAAAGAUUUUUAAGAGAGUAGGAUUCCCAAUAGAUUUAAAACUCGAUGGCAAACUAUUGGCACCGAACGCUUCAAAAAAGUUGGCUCGCAAGCAAAAGCAGUAUAAACUGUUUGCCGUUACUUAUCACGACGGCAAGGAAGCUACGAAAGGCCAUUAUGUGACAGACGCCUUCCACGUUGGAUACAAUUCUUGGGUACGAUACGACGACAGUUCCGUCAAAGGCAUCAACGAGGAAAAUUUAUUGAAUCCAUCGCCCCCACGAGUACCAUAUUUGCUUUAUUACAGAAGAUGCGAUACGAUUGGAAAUAAUCCAUCGAUUACAACUAGAACACGUUGAGAUAGACGUUAGUCGACAGUAUACGUAUAUAAAAUGGAUAAGUUUGUUUUUUAUAUAUAUUACAAAAAAGAAAAAAGAUAUUAAAAAAAUCGCGAUACAUUUUUACAUUUUCAACAUCUAAAUUUCACGUUUCGUGCUCACAAAAGUGACAGUGGGGGGGGGGGGGGGGCGCAGAAGUGAUAGCUGGGAAAGAACGUUAAUGAGUUUGUAACUCAUUGUUGCCGAACGAUAUAUAUUGAAAGGGGAAUAAAAAUAAGAAGAAUAAGAAGACAAAGAAAAAUGAUCCUUGCUCUACUCGUUUCGAGUCAAUCAUACUUUUGUUGACUAGGCGUGUAAUACGAAUUGUUACAAGUGCUAUGUGCCUCAUUUUUAGUAUAUGAAAUAAAGAUAGCAUUACUAUUUCUCA